UAGAAGACGAUUUCAAUCUCUGGAAAAUUGUCAAACACUUCUCAUGUCAACGCUAAGUCACUUACAAUUUUCAUAAAAUUUAAAAAUUCACAGAAUUUUAAUUACAUAUUCAUUACAACUAAAAGAUUGUUUUCUACAUUCAUACUAAAGAUGUUACCUCAUCAGGGUUCGGUAUACUGUAGGAGUAUACGUAAAAAUUUAAUGUUGGAAGAAGAUGCCAAGUCUUAUAGACUUACGCCGUUCAUUAUCACAUUUUCCGAUGCCGGCUUGACAUCAAUCGACAUGGAAAACUUUAUUGAAAUGGGAUUGCGCAUCAUUAGAUUUAGAAUGACAAAGUUAACUCACAAUGAUAAAAUAAUGUUAUUAGCAAAGUUUAGAGAAGCUUCAAAAGUAUACUGUUCCAAAUACGGUGUUGAAAAUUGGCCGAUUGCAAUUUCUAUUGAUGUUCCUAACGCAUGCAUUAAAACUGGCAGCUUAAAUGAGGAAUUAGGAGUUGAAGAAAUAACAUUAGAAGAAAAUAGCAAGAUAAAUGUAACAUGCAAUAAGAAAUAUUGGAACAAAUGCAGUAAAGAUUUAAUAUUCAUGGAUGACCCAUUUACAUUUCCAUCAAUUAUACCCGGUACUGAAAUAACAAUAGGCAGUGGCAAAGUUAUUAUGUUUUGUGUUCAAAUUAUUAAUACGGAAAUGAUCAAAUGUAAAAUAGCUCAAGGUGGCCUGAUAGGAGAACUGGAAGCUUUCUGUGUACGCGGCAUCAGGCAUAUAAAACCAGCUUUAUCCAAUUAUGAUCUGAAGAUGAUUGACUUUGCCAAAGAUUAUAAACUUGACGUAAUCAUAUUGAAUUCAGUUCGUUAUCCAAUAACUAUAACUAGAGUGAGAAAUUUAUUUAAGAACCAUCGAUUGCCGCACAUUAUUAGCACUAUAUGCGAACAGGAAGGUUUGGACAAUAUUGACGAGAUUAUAGAGAUAUCUGAUGGAAUAAUAUUAGCAAGGGAAUUUUUAGCAUAUGAAAUUGUCAACCAGUAUCGUAUGGCUGGUAUACAAAUGCAAAUUAGCGGAAAAUGUAAGCAGCGAGGGAAACCGUUCUUUGUUUCGGGUAAUAUUUUAGAAGAGAGUCUUAAGAAAGGCAUUAUUACGGAUCGCGAUCUUUACGAUAUCACAAACACAGCAAUGGAUAACACUGGAUUUAUAUUAAAAGAGCUACGUGAUCCAUCACAUUUAUUAAUUGCUAUGGAUAUUUUGGAUUCAGUUUGUAGAUCGGUGGAAUCUACUAAAAGAGAUGAGGAUUUUUGGAGGAUUUUAGACGAGCUGAAGAUGCCAGUAAAUGCGGCAGAAGCAUGUUGUCAAGCUUGUGCACUUGUGGCGAGACAGACGCAAUCCAAAGUGGUCAUUGUGCCGACGGUGAGCGGCAAAACAGCUCGAUGUUUGUCACACAUUGCACCAGAUGUCACCAUAUUCACGAUCACAUCGAAUCCUGUCACUGCCAGAAAGUUACAACUUUAUAGAGGAAUAUUAUCUAUUAUUUAUAACGUGAAUAAAGACCAAAGUUUUGAUGAGGCAAUGGGCGAUCGUGUUAACUUCGCUGUGUGUUACUGCAUUACUCGUAACAUAUUGAAUUACAAGGAUACUUAUGUUGUAUUAAGAAGGUCUACUAUGUAUAGCGCCUUCGCUGACAAUCUAAGUGUAGGUACAGUCAAUACAAAAUCACAUACAGUUUUACAAUGUUCUUCUACCAAACUUCUGGCUACGUUACCCUAAUAUGUUGGUUUUCAUUCAAUGUAUUAAUUACAUAAGACCAAUGGAGGCAAAAACUAUAUUAUAAUUUCUAAACCAAUUUAAGCGUGGUACAAACGUAUAAGAUUUUUGUAUCUUAACAGUUAAGAAGUACCAAUAAAAUAUAUUUUGAUACAAAAA